AUGUCGCUUGUAGCGGCUCGUUUGGCGCAACUGCAGGAAUGCACGGAUCACUGGCGCAGAGGGUUGUCGCGCGAGAGGCCCGAGGUAUCGCGAGAAAUAGCUGGGGCGUUGAAUGGACGAUGUAGCGUGUUAGUAAGCUACCAGCAGGAGCAUGUAAGUCAAGCAGCGACAAGAGCAGCAGCAGCAGCAGCACGAUCAAUAGAGGACAGUACUGAGGGCUGCUCCAUUGGUGCUCCCUCCGCUUAUAAUUCACUCAAUUUGCAGCCGGGCUCCAUGUGCAGAUCCAGUGAAUGGGGUGCCGAAUUAUUAUUACCUGAUCAUUCGCUGUUGUCAUUUUAUGGGUUCUUCCUGAAAAGUCUCAUUGCGGCGAAUCGUGCUGCUGUGCCAUUGCGUUUGUAUUUCUUUUAG